CCUCUAUAUAUAUCGAUGGUGAGACAUCACAUUUUUUAGGAGUUAGAGAUGUCGGAAGUAGCUACUCCAUUGAUAGCCGAAGCGGAGGCCAGUGGUGGUGGAAAUGAUAGUUGCUUGUGGUGGAAGAAGGUAUUGGAUUGGGAAGAGGCUAAGCAUCAGAUCUUAUUUUCCCUCCCAAUGAUUCUAACCAAUGUUGCCUACUAUUGCAUACCAUUAAUCUCCGUCAUGUUCGCCGGCCACCUCGGAGAAGCUGAGCUCGCCGCCUCUAACCUCGCUAACUCCUGGGCCACCGUCACCGGACUCUCUUUCAUGGUGGGCCUAAGCGGGGCACUAGAGACAUUAUGUGGGCAAGGAUUUGGAGCAAAAAUUUACCAAAUGCUUGGGAUUUAUCUACAAUCAUCUUGUUUAAUUUCCAUUUUCUUCUCCAUUCUCAUCUCAAUUCUUUGGUUUUUCACUGAACCCAUUCUCAUUUUACUUCAACAAGAUCCCCAAAUCUCAAAAAUAGCUGCUUUAUACAUCAAGUAUCUUAUCCCAGUGAUUAUGUUAGCGGGAUAUGUUCUUUUAAGUGAAAAUUUUAAAGAAACGUGGCAAGGUUUUUCAAUGGAGUGUUUUAGUUAUGUUUUUACGAGUUUAAAGCUUGCUCUACCCUCUGCUGCUAUGGUUUGUUUAGAAUAUUGGGCUUUUGAGUUACUUGUGUUGUUAGCUGGGAUUUUGCCAAAUUCAGAAAUAACUACUUCCCUCAUCGCAAUGUGUGUAAAUACAGAAGCAAUCGCAUACAUGGUUACAUAUGGCCUUAGUGCUGCUGCAAGCACACGUGUGUCAAAUGAGCUUGGAGCUAAAAAUAUCGAUAAAGCUAAAGAGGCCAUGGCUGUGACCAUAAAGCUUUCUGUGAUUCUUGCACUUGUCAUUGUUUUAGCAUUGGGAUUUGGUCACAAUAUAUGGGCGGGAUUCUUUAGUAAUAGUCGUGUGAUUAUAAACCAAUUCGCUUCCAUGACACCUUUUUUGAUGAUCUCAAUCACUGUUGAUUCAAUCCAAGGAGUUUUAUCAGGUGUAGCAAGGGGAUGCGGUUGGCAGCAUUUGGCUGUGUGUGUAAAUUUGACAAUGUUUUAUCUUAUUGGGAUGCCGGUUGCUGUUGCCCUUGCCUUUUUAGUGAAACUAUACGCAAAGGGGCUGUGGUUAGGGUUGAUAUGCGGUCUCUCGUGUCAAACCGGUGGUUUGUUACUACUUAUGUAUCUCAAAAAAUGGACGGAAGUGGAAUUAAAGGAUAACAACAGUUAUGGCGACACAAUUCUUGUUUGAACAAAUAUUUGUGUUUCUAGUUGAACUAAAAGGAUGAAGAAAGUUUUAUACAAAAUUACAAACUCAUGUUUAUGAUU